GGGGAAGAUAAACGUCAAAACAAAACCAAAAGUUAUAAAGUGGUGGUUUAGGUUGACAAAGUUUAUGAAAGUUCUAAAAACUUUAGGUUAACAUUAAUUAUCGUCAUAAAGCUAGACAUUUUCUAUUAAUAGAUACGUGUAAAUAUUAUUGUAAGCACAAGUUGGCUUCGGUUGAUAUGAGUUUUCUAAAUUGCAGCUAGGCCUCAAUGCACAUUAAAUUGGUUAAGGUUUUAUUUUAGACAAUCCUGCUCAAAAAAUAUAAUGAACCAAACUAGACAUGCAGGGUACGAACAAAUGAAUGGAUCAAAGUAUGCCGUGGAGCCCCGUUUUGAGUGCCCAAUUUGUUUAACAUGUCUUAAAGACCCCCUUUUGACAUCAUGCGGGCAUCGUUUUUGUCAAGAGUGCAUACAAGAAUGGCUCAAAAAACAAGAUGGCCUUUGCCCUAUAGAUAGCCAGGCUCUAUCAAUAACUAAGGACUUAUUCCCUGACAAUUUCACACGUCGAGAGAUUGCUCAGCAAACCCGCAACUGUCCUGUGGAAGGCUGCUCACAGCUGCUGCCUUUACUGGAAAUUGAAAAACACAUUAGUACUGCACACAAGGAGAGCAGUCAGCAAGAAGAAACUAUUCUUUGUACAUUCCACAAUUUUGGCUGCAAGACACAAGUACAGUCUGUGCAGCAGCUAAACACUCAUCUGGAUACGCAGUUACAUCACCAUCUUGCGCUGUUGGCUUCGAGAGUUAGUGACAGACAUGCUGCCACGUCAGAUCUCAAGGCACAAGAAGCGGAGUUAUGGGAAGCACCGUCCAAAAAUGGAGAACAAGAGGAGGACUCCUGGAAGAAUCUGUUGAAGUCACUCUAUGAAAGAAUAGUUUUAUUGGAGCAGAGCAACAGAGAACAAGAAGUCCAGAUAACAAGUAUGAGAGCUCAGGUGAAUCGACUGGUGGAAGAUAAUGAGAAUCUCAAGUACAACAUCCCUCUACAGUUUUGUAACGGAGUGUGUGUCUGGACUGUUGACAAGUUCCGUGAAAAGUACUUGUCAAUGACUCAGGAUUACAACAGGUGUUUUUACAGUCCAGCAUUUACGACAUCGUAUGUAGGGUACAGAUUCUGCGCCCGAUUGAAAAUGUCCAUUGAAAAUCCAAACUAUUUGUCUCUGUUGAUCCACCUGAAGCAAGGACAGUUUGACCAAGCCUUGGACUGGCCUUUCUCUGGGAGGAUCAGCUUCACACUGGUCCAUCCGACCAACCCCGACCUCACCAUCAAGGAGACGAUGAUGUCACGACCCGAGCUGGAGGCCUUCAAGAAACCCUCCAAAGAAAUCAGUCCGCGAGGAUUCGGAUACUCUGAGUUUGUGUUGCUCUCCGAUGUCAUGACCAAGGGCUUCUUGGAUAAUGAUUCUCUUGUUAUAAAGAUACAAAUACAGACGGUUUAGUUAUUUUGUA